UCAGCUUCUUGAGCUGGGGCUAGUGGUAGUGGAUUACGGAGAUUGUUCUGUGGUGUGCUCAUUGUGGCCGAUCGUGGUGGUUCCGGGGCAAUCUUAGACGCCAUUUCCAUCGUCUCUGAGAUAUCGAGAACGAUGAUGUGACGGCUAGUUGCUCGUUGUACGAGAAGUGAGCAUAAUUUGGUCGAGAGAUCUAGCGGAGUUGUGAUCGACUCGGUGAUCGAUGGUAACGAAAGCUGUCUGCAUGCAGUUCAUCCGUGGUGUGGAGAAACCCUGCAGUCACUCCAAAACUUUCCCUGACGCCGCUGCCAUAAACAAGUAUUUUUUGUUUUCAGUCCUUCCAAGCGGCUUUCUGAAUUCGUGGUCUAUUUACAAUUUUACCAGUAUUCCCCUGCUGGCUGCGACUUAUCAAGAUGUCGUCCAUGCGUAAUGCCGUCACCCGACGGCCACACAAGGAGCGAGCGCAGCCCAAGUCACGAGAGAAAUGGGGCAUAUUAGAAAAACACAAGGACUACUCACUACGAGCGCAGGAUUACAAUCUGAAGAAGAAGAAACUUGGACAAUUGUCGCAAAAGGCCCAGGAAAGGAACCCCGAUGAAUUUGCGUUUGGUAUGCUCAGCCAGGGCAAAGCCGGCUUGGGAAAACACAAGGCAUCCAGAACUGCAGACGGCGCAGAGAGUGCUCGUCUGAGCCACGAUGCGGUCAAAUUAUUAAAGACUCAAGACGCUGGAUAUCUCAGGACUGUGGCGGCAAAGGGAAGGAAAGAGAUCGACAAAUUGAAGGAAGAGGUGGGUUUGGAUUCUGUCACGCUCAAUACACGGUCCGCCCCAAUACGUCCAAUACACAAGACAUUCGCAGAUGAAGACGGCGAGGAUGUGCUAGUGAGAGGCAAGAAGCGCACAUUGAGUAGCAACAUGAUCGAAAACGGUACACGAUAUACUGCAACGCACACCAUUGCAGAAGUACACCAGGUGGAUGCGGUGAUGGGCCUCGAUAUCGAAGACCAGGAAAACGAGCCAGACGUUAUGAAGUCAAGACCAACAUCCAAGAAAGCGAUGGCUACAAAGCAAGACGCAGCAGCUCGUCUGCGUGCGGAACGCAAGAAGAGGAAACGCCUACAAGAGAUGCGAGUUGCCAAACUGGAAGCGCUGAAAACCCGGCAACGCGAAAUACUGGCCGCGGCGGAACAGCUUGAUUUGCAGCGGGCAAAAAUGGCCAGGACGGUUGGGGGCGUAAACAGGAAUGGUGUCAAGUUCAAGAUUCGAGAGCGCAAGAAAUAGCGAUAUCCUCCUAUUGACGCUGAGAUGAUGAGACACGACUUGACGACAAUUAUCUAUUGAUGAGCUU